GAUGUGGUAAUUAUUACAACGGUUGCGGCUCAAAUUGUGGAGGUAGCAGCUCGAAUUAUCCUCCCAAGCAACUACUAUUCCUCGAACUGUCAAUCAUCUUGCAGUAAUUUCAAUUGUAAUCAGUACAAUGGACAGUACAUGAAUGGGCAGUACAUCGGUCAGUACAACCCGUGUGCGAGUACCUGCUGCGGCGGAUACAACUCGCUGAAUAGUUGGCCGUCAAUUGGAUCGUCUGUGGUUUACUCUGGCUUCAACAAUGGUUACUACAACCCCUAUACUACCAAUGUUAUUGGAAAUGGCGUUUACAGUAACACGAAUCCACUAACCCAGUUUGGACCUGGUCCAGUGAUCAUUUCAAACGGUAUUCGACGAAGCCCGGUUCCCGCAGCAUUCACCGGCACAGUCAGCAAUGGAGGUCAAAAUUAA